AUGGAGAGAAAACAAAGCAACAAAGGAAUGGAUUCCACAUCCGACAACGCUCCUAAUGCUGUAAACACUCAUGUUUUUAUCACAGUUCCUGAAGAAGAUCGUGGUUUUCGGGGAAAUUUAAAACAUUACGGGAGGAAAUGUUUGGCUUGCAGCAAAGACAAUCUUCUCCUUAUAGGUCUAUUGGCUUCAGUUGUGUUAGGGAUUGUUAUGGGAAUCGCAAUUCGCGGCACAAAGAGUUCCUUCAACAAACGAGAGAUCAUGUAUAUCGGAUUUCCCGGAGAGCUACUCAUGCGAAUGCUUCAGAUGCUGGUCUUGCCCAUCAUAAUAUCAUCUCUCAUUUCUGGUAUAGCUGGCCUGGACGCCAAAACGUGUGGGAAAAUGGGUCUUCGUACCAUUGGUUAUUUUGGGAUCACCACGUUCAUGGCCGUGUUUCUAGGAAUAUUCCUGGCUGUGACCAUCGAACCUGGCGGUGGAGCUGAUCGGAAUGCCAUGAGACGCUACGGGAAAGCUGAGUCGCUGAACUCUGCCGAUACAUUUCUGGAUCUCAUUAG